CUAGACCGAGCUCUCCUUGCCACGGACUCGAGAGGAAAGUUAAAUCCGCUUCAGCUUCUAGAUUUCCGCCCUGCGCAGCUCCAUUUCGUCUGCCGGUGGCCUUCCGACUUUUCCAUCAGAGAAACGGUUCUCUUCUGUCGGCGAGCUGCCGUCCCAAGUUCCAUUUGAGGCUCGACAAGUUUUCUUAUCCUCGAGAUACUAGCUAAAGUUUCAGGACAUAUUCUUGUUCUUGCUGUAGGGCUAUCGGCUUAGUUUCUUUGUUGUCCUGAGAUUGAUGGAAGUCCGAGGGAAGAUCUACAAUCUAUGACGAAAGGGACUCCGGUGUGUCGCUUGAUGGUGUUGAAGCUCGGAGCUGGUCGCACAUGGAAUGGCAGAUCACUUUGGGCAUGGAAACGCUGAUCCUGGCAUCGAGAAGGAUGAAUCAUCAUUGAUUUGGUUUUCUAGCAGCAGAGAGAGGACUUUGAAGUUAACUUCUUCGUCAAGAGCUGUACCUAGACAAAAAAAAAAAAGCAGCAAGGGCUUGAUAUCUAGCAGUCCAAGUGACAACCCGUUGGGAACCUCACAGGAUUCUCCUGGCAGAAAGGUAUUCGAUAACACAUUGUCUAGAGAACCUCCUUAGAGUAUGGUAAACAUAGAAAGAUCCGAUGUGCAAAUAAAAGGAGUCUCAGAUGUUUUCAGAGUCAGUGUUUCUAGUGCUCCUAGCACGUCCAGCCAUGGUUCUGCUCAGGAUGAGUCUGAAGUUUUUGGGGAUGUAUAUGUGUGGGGCGAGGUUGUGAGUGACUACUCCAGAAUAGGCACUGAGAAAACUAGUAGUUUUUCUAGUACAAGAAAUGAUAUCCUACAGCCAAAGCCUUUAGAAUCUCAUGUAGUUUUGGAUGUUCAACAUGUGGCAUGUGGGGUAAGGCAUGCUGUUCUUGUAACUAGGCAGGGAGAAGUAUUUACAUGGGGUGAAGAAUCUGGUGGGCGGCUUGGUCAUGGUGUGGCAAUAGAUGCUAUUCACCCUCGUCUUGUUGAAUCUUUAUCAGUCUCUAACAUUGAUUUUGUUGCUUGUGGGGAAUUUCAUUCCUGUGCUCUUACUGCUAGCGGCGAACUUUAUACUUGGGGUGAUGGUGCCCAUCAGUCAGGUUUACUUGGUCAUGGUACAGAUAUCAGCCACUGGAUUCCUAAAAGAGUUUCAGGACCUUUGGAAGGGCUGCAAGUUGCAUCUGUUUCUUGUGGAACUUGGCACACUGCAUUGAUAAGUACAACGGGGCAGUUGUUCACAUUUGGGGAUGGUACUUUUGGUGUAUUAGGCCAUGGAAAUAGAGAGAGUGUUUCAUAUCCUAGGGAAGUAGAGUCUUUGAUGGGUUUGAAGACAGUUGCUGUUUCAUGUGGAGUCUGGCAUAUGGCUGCUGUAGUAGAAGUUAUCGUAACACAAUCCAGUGCAUCUUCUGGUAAACUAUUUACUUGGGGUGAUGGGGACAAAUAUCGGCUUGGGCAUGGAGACAAGGAACCACGUCUAAAGCCCACAUGCGUGCCAUCCCUGAUUGAUUACAAUUUUCACAAGUUAGCAUGUGGUCAUAGUCUUACAAUUGGCUUGACUACUUCAGGCCACAUUUUUACCAUGGGAAGUACUGUUUAUGGUCAGCUCGGGAAUCCACAUUCUGAUGGAAAGCUUCCAUGCUUAGUUGAGGAUAAGCUUGCCAAUGAAUCUGUUAAAUCAGUUGCUUGUGGUGCUUAUCAUGUUGCUGUUUUGACAUCAAGAAGUGAAAUUUACACGUGGGGAAAGGGAGCCAAUGGACGAUUGGGUCAUGGAGACCUUGAAGAUCGGAAGGCACCUACACUUGUUGAAGCUUUGAAGGACAGACCUGUCAAACACAUUGCUUGUGGGGCAAAUUUCACGGCUGCCAUAUGUCUGCAUAAGUGGGUUUCUGGUGCUGAGCAAUCUCAAUGCACAGCAUGCAGGCAGACAUUUGGUUUCACUCGAAAGAGGCAUAACUGUUACAAUUGCGGUCUUGUGCAUUGCCAUUCUUGUAGUGCAAGAAAAGCUUUGAGGGCUGCAUUGGCUCCUAAUCCUAGGAAACCUUAUCGGGUCUGUGAUUCCUGUUAUAUGAAAUUGAAUAAAGCAAUUGAAUCUGGUGGAAUGGACAAGAAAAUUGCUUUACCUCGUUUAUCAGGUGAAAGUAAAGACCGCUUUGACAAAGCAGAUACAAAGAUUUCCAAGGCUGCUUCACCUAGCAAUUUGGAUUUGAUAAAAAAUAUUGAUACGAAUGCUGCUAAAUGUGGAAAAAAAUCUGAAUCAUUGCCUUUGAUUCGUACUUCUCAAUUCCCAUCACUGCUACAACUCAGAGAUAUUGCCCUUCCUGUUGGGCCUGAUAUGCUGCAAGCUAACCCCAGAAUAGCAAACAUUUCUGCUGUUCAGUCUAACAAUCAUUUCCGGGCUGUUUCUCCAUUUUCAAGGAAACAUAGUCCUCCGCGUUCUGCAACUCCCAUUCCAACAAUGUAUGGUCUUUCAUUCUCCAAAAGCAUAGCGGAUAGCCUUAAGAAAACAAAUGAGCUUUUAAACCAGGAAGUUCAAAUGCUACGUGCACAGGUUAAUAGCUUGAAUCAGCGCUGUGAACUUCAAGAAAUUGAGAUACAGAAGUCAGCAAAGAAAAUUAGGGAAGCCAUGGUGCUUGCUACAGAGGAAUCUGCGAAGUCAAAAGCUGCAAAAGAAGUUAUCAAGUCUCUUACGGCACAGCUUAAGGAUAUGGCUGAGAGGCUCCCACAGGGUGUGUAUGAAGAGGAUCCCAUUAAGGUAAGGCCGCUUCCGAAUGGCAUCGACUCACUUGCUUUUGAUCACAUGGAUUCAAUUGGAGCGCAUAAUUUGAAAAAUAGAGAUGAUGGCUCACAGCAACCUCAAACCGCUGCUCAAACACCGUCUAUUAUUACUAAUAGAAUUUCAGAGCGGAAUCGUGCACACACAGAUGACAUUGGAGCUAAUGGAACCAAUACAGACAUUCAAAAUCGUGGGGUUUCUAAUCCAAUUGGAAUGGAAAAAAUGAUGAAUACUAAAAAUAGUAGUAAUGCUGAACCAGAACCUCGCAUGUCUAGCUCCAGGUCUGAUUACUUCGAUACUAAUAAUGCCAAUUCUGUUCAAACUAUGGAGAAUGGUUCAAAGCCUAGGAGCCCAACUUCAACAUUUAAUCAAGUUGAGGCUGAAUGGAUUGAACAAUAUGAACCUGGUGUAUAUAUUACGCUGACGGCUCUUCGAGAUGGCACUCGAGAUCUGAAACGAGUGCGUUUCAGUCGACGAAGAUUUGGAGAGCAGCAAGCUGAAGAAUGGUGGUCGGAGAACCGUGAAAAAGUUUAUGAGAAAUAUAAUGUUCGAGGAUCAGAUAAGCCUUCAUCGACUCCUACGUAAUCUGGAGCGUCUUUGAAAUGCUUCUUUUUGGGAGUUCUACAGAUAAACCAGAGAUGGAAUAAGCAAUGCCAUCCUCUCUGACAAAUGUUCGUAUAAGCCUUCUUUGUUUUUGUUUUAUAUUUAAGAAAAAUGAUAUAUUUCUUUUCUUAUCCAUGGUAGUGUAAUGUAUAUAUACAGUCUCUAAAUGGGUUUUUUACCGGGUAGAAGAAUUGUUUCUUCCCUUUUCAAUGUACAACCCUUUUUUUUUUAUUUUUUAUUUUUAGUUUGUUGAACUACGAAUUUAUUAUUAUAAGCUCCAUGAAAGCAGAAAUGUCUCAACAAUACUCACCAAAUUUGAAA